AUGCAAAAACUAACAAGAAUUAACAGUUGUAUCCAUCAUUUUAAAUGCAUUAGAAAAAUGAAAAUGCAAACUCAAACAUUUAUUUUGCAAUCCUUCAUUUUUGUUUUAGUAUUUUUAAUUGUAAUCUCUUCCCAGAUGAUUAACAAAUUUAUGAUGGAUGACAUAAUUGAAAAAUUGACUAAGGAAAUAGAAAUAAAAACCAAUCUCAAAUAGAUAAACAUUUAAUCUCAAUUCAUCAAAUAUUAAGCUCACCACCCUUUGGAAUAUGGAUUCAAAUUUCUCCAAAGCUUCAAUAAAUUGAAUUAAUUGACAUUAAUAGACCAAAAAACUUCAAUUAAUCUUUUGCUAGGAUGUCCAAAGGAUGAAAAAAGUCUCAAUAUUUAUGAAAAAAUUCCUUAAUUUUGUUACAUCUUAACAAAGAGCAACACAAUAACAUCAGAUAAAAUAUUAAUUAACCAUAUAGUGGGAUAUCAAGCUUUAUUGAACUCAUUAUUUUUGCCCAUUUCUCUUUCGGAUUUCCAAAAAACAUUAUUUUUCACUUUUCUUUCUGAUGAAGAAUAUUUUGCAAUUCUCCCAUCAAAAAUUAUUCCAGCAGUGUACUUACCAUCAGAAAGGCCAUGGUAUCAGGAAUAGAUCUAGAAAGUGGAAAAUACGUAAUAGAAUGAUACAAUUUCGAUUUCAAGUAUUUAUCAAAAUUUUGAAACACAAAAAUAUGAAUUCACAAUAACAAAAGGAUUAACUGACCAAGAGUAGAAUUUAUGUGGAAUCUUUGGAAUCGAUUAAACUUUGGAACAUUAUAAAGAGCUAUUAUUGUACGAUGAUUUGAAUGUAAUUCUGGUUGAUCUCGAAGGAAGAAUGCUAUUAUCCAAUUUAAUGAUAAAAUAGGAUAUAGAUUUAUCAAAAGAGAAGAAGUACAUUUAUGACAGUGAUGCAACUGGAUUCGAUGAAAAUGAUUGGAAUUAAAUUGUGAACGAAGCCUAAAAAUAAGGGUAAGGAAAUAUUGAAUGUGGUGACAAUGGUGUUAAAUAAUUUUGUAGAUAUAAUACUUUCUUUAAGUAAGACCUGAUAAUAAUCGUGAUAAACAUUUCGAGUUAGUUUUAUUUGCUUGUGUAAAAGUUUGGCUCAUAUUACUACAAAUGUAACCAAGGCCAAAUAGCUACAGGAUUAAAUAAUGUCUGA